AUGGAUGCCGUGAGGUUGCCCGAGAGUCGUGCAUCGUCAAGUGGAAACAGCACCGUCGCGGGAAAGGCAUCGCCAUCCCAACAGUCGACGGCUGUUGUCGGCGCGUCGACGCGACGUCGUGCGACGCGGCGUCCCGAAGCAGGAGGGACGUCGACCUUCUGGCGACGGCGGCCGCUGCUUCAGCGGAGCCAGACCUGCCUGGGGGACGUGGACCGAAAGGCGAAGAAGAAGUCGUCCGCCUCGUCGUCCGACCGCUGUCCCGGGGGUGGUUCUGAGGACUACUGGUUCCUCGAGCCCGCGAACGCUCCGUCCACUGUUGUUACUCCCGACGGUGCCAGUGCGAGUGGUGCUGGGAUAGUUGUUGAAGAGCGCGCUCAAGCGGGGGACAGGAAAUUGCGUAGCGCCGACCGGAACUCUAAAGGCGGUUCUUGCCUAUUCCUGUCUCAGUGCUGUUGCCAGACGAAAGGACAGCAACGAAGCGAAUGCUCCCCGCAUUUCUCGCCAUCUAGGUCCGCGGCCCCUACGUCCCCGAGCAUCAGCUGCGGCUCGUCGUCGUCGAAGAACGCGGCCGAGAACCAACGGUUCAGCAACAGCGGCAGCAAGUCGAGCCCUCAGCCGCCACCGCAUCAGUCGCAGGCCUCCGGUUCGAGCUCCGCGUCGGCGUCCUCCGCCAUCCAUAGCGAAUCCGGCAGCAAGGCCUCCAAGACAGCGGAUGAAGCUGCAGCAUCAGCAGCGGCGUCGGCAGCAGAGGCAUGCGGCGACGACGCGGGCGAUGUGCAGUACUGCGACCCUUGGGACACGGGCCCAGCUGCAGUGGCUCUGCGGCUGCUGAGGGCCGACGAGCAGCGCAACAAGAGCCCCACUCCGGCACACGCCACCCCUGCCGCAGGGGGGGCGCUGUCCGCCGACGAGAUGGCCCGCCAGCGGCACAUCUACGAGACGGCGUUCGACUCGCGCGUCAAGCAGCGAGAUCCGGACCAGGACUUGGACCGAAUGGCCCAGAGCCCUGUCCUCCUCGCUGGGCUGCAGCAGCAGCCGCGUGCAGGCCCCCUCUACCCUGUGCCAUCGUCGUCCUCGUCUUCGGGAGUGUCGGUUACGCCAGGUCGCAAGGGAGGCAUCACAAGGCAGCCUUCACUGCAGGAUGCCUGUUGCCCAAAGCCACCACCGCACCAGGGAAGCAGUAGCAGCACUUCAGCAUCUUCUAGUGUUCAGCAGCAACCAGCACCAACACCUCGUGGUUCUAGCAGCAGUGGCGGUGGCAAUCCUUCAGUUCCGAUUCCUGCUACCAGAGGGCAGGGUUUGGCGAGCAAGCAAGCGUCAGCGGCCGACAAGGCCAUUUACCAGAACCAUCCAUUACCACAGUCCCCUAUUUCCGAGAACCCCCCUGCUGCACCUCUCGGCGCUGUCGCCGUUAAGCGCAGCAUCCACGCAGGUGUCAAGGUGCUCCCUUCAGAGCCAGUGCGACGCCCAAGGCAUGGUGGCCACCGCAAGGAAGGGGAGCCGAUGGCCCUGGCGCCCGUGCUGCUCAAUGGGUUCCGAUCUACAUCCUCAGACAAUGUGUCAUCAUCCUCCUCUUCAGACAACAGUCCCCGCAGGCCUGACGAGAAGCGAGGCCGGCAUGGUCCGCUACAGCCAGUUGCUGCUAAUUCCAGCCAUGUGGCAAGCACGGCAGCCGCGCUUCAAAAUGGUUCCAACUGCGCCCUCCAGUCAUUCAGAGCAUCACCAUCCGUGGACAGCCUCUCCAACUCUUCCUGUGAUAGUCCUCGAAAACCUGAGGAGAAGCGUGGGAGAUUGGUAGCAGUCGCACCACCCACAGUAGUCAAUGGAGCACCUUUUAAGGGAAUCUCCUCAACUUCAGCUGAAAUUGACAAUGCUGAGCGGCGGCUCUCUGACAACAGCAAGCGGUAUCCUGCUGCACGACCGCUGCUUACACACAAUCAAAGCCCCAGCUCGGACUCGAGACCAGAAAGCGACUACGACCGGCCCUGGGACUUGCCAAGGAUCAAGCGCAGCAAUGGUGACUCGCCUCCGCAAGUCCCCGACCAUAGGUCCCGGCCGGCAGUGCAGUCGCCCACGCAGCACACUCCAGCGGUGCCGCCCUCGGCCGUCCGGCUGCCCCCUCCGUCCCCCGAGUGCACUGCACCGCAGGCCUCAGAGCUCUGUCGCGCCAGUCCUGCGCCAACAGCUUCGAGCAGCAGUGGCGGUGGCCCCAGUUCAUCCUCCCCUUCGGUGGCCAUGAUGGCCUCCUCCUCCUCAUCCUCAUCCAACACGUCCAUCGCGAUGGAGUCACCUGCCGCAGGUCCACCUGCCAGGCCCAGCGCUCCAGCGCGACCCAUGCUCAACCUGAACUUGAACCUGAAUGCAUCGAACUCGCCUAAGCGGUCUCGGCACAACCUUACGCUUAACUUUGGUUGCGCCGCUUUGAGCGUCGUCGGCGAGAAAGUAGACACCAGCGUCGCUCUUGAAAAGCAGGGGUGGUACCAUGGCUCGAUCAGUCGCCUUGACGCUGAGAACUUGCUCAGGGUUCUGAAGGAAGGAAGCUACCUCGUCCGCAACAGCGAAAGUUCCAAGCACGACUUCUCACUCUCCCUGAAGAGUGCACGGGGUUUCAUGCACAUGAAAAUAGUGCACAACGAAGACGGGAAGUUUAUAUUGGGCCAGUUCAGCAAGCCCUUCGAAAGCAUCCCUGAGAUGAUCCACCACUACUCAGUCAACAAGCUGCCCAUCAAGGGAGCCGAGCACAUGUCGCUUCUCUACCCAGUCAUCGACCAGCUUCUCUGAAAAUGCAUUGGACUGUGUGUCACCUGCUGUGUGCUGGCAGCAUCAUAUAGAAUACUUUUAAUUUCUUUAUUCUCUUUCAGAAUGACCAUUCUCUUCGUAGAUGUUUUAUAUUCUACUACUGAGUGACAGAUGCCAAAAAAAAGAAAAAAAAAGAGCCAAGCUCUCUGCACAAUUUAGAGCUUUCUCAGAGUCGGGCAGUGUACAGAAACAGUACAUGUUCCGAAUUCGCUUUUCAGCCUUUCCUGUCUGCCUGAGUAAGGAUGUAGUUAGCCGAGACUGUAAGCAGACAACUUCUGUGCAUAUUCUGAGCAAAGUAUUACAACUUUUCAAAUCUAGCUUUCUUUAAUGCUGCGCAUUUUUAUGAAUCGGAGAUAUGCCUUGCAUGUUUCUAGCAGAAUGGAUCCACAUUUCACGCAAAGAGCAUACACAGUUUUUCUAAACUGAAGUGGGAUUUUAUUGCCAACUUAUUUGUGUCUGUUUAUUCCAGCUUAUUCUGUCAUUCAUCUUCUCAUUAUCUUAUCUGAUUGGAAACCAAACAGUCAUGUUACUGUUGUGUGAACUGCUCUGUUAAUUGUCACUCACAGGGUUUUCUUAGUACUAGCCUUUCAGACUUUGCUUUCUUUUAUCAGAAGCUUCAGAAACAGCGUCCUGCACAUUCUUUGUCCAAUCUUACCUUUGACAACUGUUAUGGUACUUAACUGAAAUGUCCUGUGUGGAAGGACUCAAUCUCAAGUCUAGAUGUCAAACCGCUUCGUUUGUUGAAGUGGCAACAUUCCAUUAUAGAUAAUUCACUCUGUUUUUACUGCACAUAAGAUAACUAAGAAGUGAGGUUAUGUACUUAAUCUUACCAAGUAUUUAUUUCAUUGUUGCCAUGAUGUGAAACUGUCUAGUCGAUUUAGUUUAGGCACUUCCUAAGGCACACAUACAUUUUGUUUCAUAUUACAAAGAGUGAAGAAAUGCACAUGUGGGGAGUGUAAAAAGUGUUUUCAUCGCCAGUUGCACAGCUGAUGUAUAACAAUGAAAACAUGCAAUAUGCUUAAGAGGAGCGAAGUGGUUCUUGACCAGAGAAGCGCCUCCAUGGUGCUUUGACUACCUACAUGUUAACUAUAUCGACAUGCGGCAAGCUUGGGCAGGCAUUCUGCAUCAAAAUCAAAUUCCACUUGGAGAUGCUCAUGCGGUCACAUUCAGCUUGUGUUUGGCCGUUUUCGAUUUUAUUUACCCUAUUGUCACACAGGUAAAAAACUACAGAGGGGUUGUCCUCAAUUAUUAGCCAUUUUCCAGCUGGUAACAGUUGUCUUUUACUGGUUUCCAGAAUGACUAUAACUGGUUACACACAGAAAUGGGCUAAUGAUGUGGUUGAACCGUAGGUGCCAUUUAAAUGCUUCUGCUAGGACACAAGCUUUCAAAUAUAUUGUUUUGCUUUUAAAUUCUUUUUCUGUGUCUGAACUUGCAGGAAAACUAAUUUUGUCAUGUCUGUUGGCACAUAAUAGGCACUUGCCUCAAGAACCUACAGCAAAUGGUAGUGUGCUAUAUUAUGAUUUCUUGCAGUUACAAGGUGUGAGGAUAUGGCUGUAACUAUUCUUUAAAUUUUCAACAAGAAUUGAGGAUAAAAAACAAGGCUUGUAUAAGCAGGAAACCUCCAGCUGAUAUGCAUACACCUCUCUAAAAAUAUACACAUCUUUACGAUGUAUUAUAUGGCACUCUAAAAAUUUGCGUACUUAACAAACAGCAUUUAGUCCUGUAAGAAAUUAGCUCUUUGCUUUUGAGAGCUCUCAGCUUAGAAAGUAAUUGGCCAAAAUUAUUGACUUGCAGCAUAUGAAAAAUUGGCAGAAAAUUAAUAUGCAUAUUGUUAUUAUAGUCGCCUUCAACACCCUUGAUCUCCGGCACCAUCAGAAAAACCAGCAGUGAGGUUACAUAUUUAGCACGGUGCAGUAGCUCAGCAUUGUCAGAAAAAUUUACCACCCUCAUAGAAGUGGCACAUUGCCAUGAAUAAGCUUUGCCUACAUAGUGCCAGUUUGUUGCAUCCCAAAUGUGUUACCUUUAUUGUUUCGCAUGAUGCGAGUGGCAAAGUGAUUUUGGUGCGAGAGUCGUUGCCUUGCCGAACAUGCUCAACAUUCUCUGGCGAGCACUGUGGCAUUGAAAUUUUUUCAUGCAAUCACAGGCGACCUGGGUGUUGCUUUGUACUAACCAUAAGCCAUGGUGUUAUGGCUUCUAUCUUUGGAAGAGGUACUACUGUACGCAAAAUACGAUUGCUUUUUCUGUUUAUCAUGCCAUUCAUUAGCUAGUGCUUGACUUCUUAUGCUCUUUCAGCAAAGAAUGGAAAAAUUUUAACAGUUGAAAAGUUGAAAUUUGAUAUAACGAACACUGCAUAAUGAAUUAUCAGAUAAAACGAAAUAUCGCAUAUAGUGAAAUAAAUAUAAAAUGUUUCUUGCUGAUAUAAGCAUGUAAUGAAUAUAUGCCUUGAACUAAUAUCGGAUAUAACGAAAGAUGUUGAAUGUGACUUUGUUUUAAUGAGAUUUAGCUGUAUUUGCAGACUAUUUCCUGUAAGCUUUCAAAGCCAGAUUUCAAGAAUUUCUAACAUGCUCGUGCAGGACAUAAUUCACCUAUACCGUCAUUUAAUUAUCACCGUGACGUGAGAGAAGUAUCAUGAAUUCUGCAUCUGGCCAACAGAUGAUUGGAUAUGAGCGAACACAUAUAGAUACAGGUGCUGUGAUGGGAUCUGACGUGCUAUUGUGGUCCCAGGGAAAAUUUUUCUGUGCCAGGUGCUUCGCCAAGCUUUCCAAGUUUCGUUUGCGUUGCCGACGUUUGCGUUUUUCGCUGCUCGAGCACAUUUUGCGUGAUGUGCCUUCUCAGCUGUGAGAAUGAGACAGCGGUACUUGGAAGUUGAAAGACGGUGUGUUGUGGAGAGUUGGUGAGCCGGGCGUUUCUGGCCGCGAAAUGUUGGUACCACGGUGAAGAAGAAGACCGACUCUAGCUUGCUUUAGGCAAGCUGCUAUUAAGCUUGCUUCUGACUCUCCUUAAUAUUUAUUAGCACAUAGCUGUUGCAUUUAUGUUAGAGGCAGUGCUAGGCACCUCGUGAUUACGGUGUAAUUUGAUGUGCUUUUGGAUAGUUGGCAGCAAGUUGAAAUGUUGUCGGUGGUUGAGGUAUACUGGUAAUCUUUGACUUACUCGCAUAAAGCCUUGAAAUGAUGUCGCAUGAAAAGGGCAACUGAGUAUGCUGUGGUUCAUGUACUUAAUUUUUAUACUCAUUCACCAUGCCAGCUCUUUCAAAUGCUUAUCGAAUUCUGAAUUUUAAGUGUUCAAAUGGUGCACAUUGUCCUCCUGAUUAUAUGUUCUGCUUCCUAGGUAGCUGUCUCAGCAACUCUUGUUUGCACAGAACGAAAAUAUCUGCAAUGUGCCAACAUAACAAAACUCCCCCCCUUUUUUUUUCUAAUAUAAAUUGAGUUUUCUCUCUCUUGCCUAUUUGUGUUGGGCAGUAAAGGUGGCAGAUCUUGAUUGCUUUUCGUGCUGUGUUAUGCAUAGUUAUGCUACCUUUUAAGUGAUAAAAUGCCAUUUGCCUGGCAUGGUCAAAACCUACUGAUAUUGUGAGCAUGUGUGCAACUGUCUAUAGCACAUGUAAGUGUAAAGGCAACAUAUUUUAAUUAAGUACUUAUUGCAUGUGCACCUGCUUGUAAUUUAUGUUGCCGCUCAAGAGGUUCAUCAGGGAUGUCAUUCUUGCGGUCAUUCAUGGACCAUUCAGUAAGUGGUUGUUAUACUGCAAGUAUAAAGGACUCUGCUCAUGUUUCAGCCUUGUGUCAUGAUAUGUCGUGUGCAGAUUUUCAAAAGCAAAAGAGGGAAAAGCUAAACAGCUUGGAAAAGCAACGUGGACAUUUACAUAUCAACUCAUAAAUAACAGAACAGUAAAUGCUUUGAUUUGCAUACGUGCAUGGCUGUAAAAUGUUUGCCAUGUGUGUGUGUGUGUGCAUGUUUGCUAGAACUCUCUGAUUUCCUUCAACUUUGUCACAGUCUGUAACAAAAUGUAGGUGGCCUGGUUCUGUAGGUGAAAAAGAAAGGAACUGCCCAAUAAGAAUGGGGCUCUACAAAGUGGCUUUUGGGAACACAGCUUGUGCCUAUGGAAAACAUUACUAUUUGCACUAUUUCAGAGAAGGCAGUGAUGUUUCAUUUUCAUGGAACACUUUAUAGUGAAUAUGAUUCAGCAUGGUCAUAUGGAUAAAAUUCUAAACGUCUGUGUCAAGUAAGCUGGUGAAAAAUUUGAAAUAGCUUUUGAAAACUGAAGUGAGGCUUGUUAUACGAUUUGUUUGUGAGCCCGACUAACAGUAAUAAGUAGUAUAAUUGUCUUUUCACUACAGAAAGUAACGAGUUUGCUUUUGGUUUUCUUUGUAUGUUUGUAACUAUUCCUGUGUGCUUUACUAGAUUCUUGGAUGUGAGGUCGCAGAGGCUGUACAGUUGAAGCUGUCUGUACUUUUGUCAGGACUUUCAAGGCCGCAUGACAGUGUCAAAGCUCCUGUUGUUGAAUAGCAAGGUAAUCAAUACCAGUUGUUUGGCAACAGUUUUUGACGUGCAAUAGUGGAAAGGGAAAUGUUGAAGUGACAGAAUUUUGAUAUUUUAUUUAUCAUGAGCCCAUGCAUACAGGUGUGAAGAAGUCACGUCAAGUCAAGUAAAUUUAUUUUAAGCACCAGAGAAAAAGAAUUACAAGAGUGUGCUAGCGGAAAGUGAUUUCACGGUUUGACAAAGGCUUUCAUCCCACCACUUCUAUCCCCAACAAAUGUUUAAAGGGUUUUAAUUUUAGACGGACAUUUAUUACUCAUGACUUACGUGUGGAGGGCUUUGCUCCAGACUACUGAUCUAAUAUGAAGCAUCAACCUGAUCCUGUAGCAUCAACAGCAUGAUAAUGGGCUCUACUUUUUAUUGCUAAACCACUUUUACUUGAAAUUCGCAAGUGCAUUAUUGCAUAAAAUUAUUUUUCUGUGAUGUUCACCAUACGUUGUGCUUGAGUUCUUGGACUUCUUCAGAGCUGUGUUCCUUGAUUUAAAUAGGAAACGUGCCAAAAAUAUGUCUCUGUAAAUUGCACCAAUAAUACAUUUGCACUGAUAAAUGUAUUAGUGUAUUGGUGCUCAAGUGCACUAAAAAGGUAAUGAACGAGAGGGGUGGUCUAAGGUGAGACAAGUGUAGCACAUGUCCUGUAGAUAUGUAUUAUUUUUGCAACUCGCUUCGCACGAGGGGAAACAAAAAACGUGUAAAAUGUAAACAGACAUUUUGUUCUCGUGUUUUUAUGCUCUUUUACACCAGUUAUUUAGAUAAAAUGUGUGCGUACCCAUUGUUUCUUUUCUUUAUUAUGUUCAUGUGAAUGGUGUUACGGCGAGUUUGUUAUUUCUAGUGUGACAAUACUGAGGAAUGUACAGAGAUCCACGAGGUGUUCGUACUUACAUGGCGUGCUCAUGCAUAGGUUUUUAGACCUUGAGGUCUGAUGUGUGCCCGUGCCCUCCACGAGACAGUUUGUGAAAGCUUGUACAGGAAGACCGGCUUGUAAAUGCGUUCUCGGUUUUGUAAAUGUGUUGCCAUUAGCCCCACAGUUCUUGCAGGCCUUUGUGCUUUUCCAGCCAAGGCUUGAUUUGCCUAAGGGUGGCUGGAACUUCUUAGCACAAUGUGCCAGGUCGCUUGGCAAACUGAAGUGUGUAUAUAGCGUUCUGCGGCCAGAAGGCUUUCAUUUGUUCUUACAGUGCUGUAGUUUUAUCAGGAACAGCAGCAGUGCAUUGUUUUGAAGAAGGAAAGUAUUCUCUCUUCUGUUAGGUUAGAGAAAAAAAAAAAGUGAUUUCAACUCGUGACACUCUAGUGUGGUCAGUCUUGUACUGAAGUGUUUUUAAAUAAAGAAAGUUCUGUAAAAGUG